AUGCCUACUGGUGACGCUGCCGAGGUUGGCGGCGCUACCCUGCGCAGCGAGGCCGUUGAACAAAAGCGCAACUCCAUCGCCAACGCCAACGCCACCGAUGCCGAGCCCCGGGCCUCUGUCGCCGUCUCAGGAGGCCACGAUGGCCUGGUCCACUACGAUGACCUUCCCACUCCCGAGGAGAUGAGGACUCUGCGUCGUGUGCCUGAAAAGAUCCCCAUCAAGCUGUUCUCCAUUGCUUUCAUCGAGCUUUGCGAGCGUUUCUCGUACUACGGCACGACCAUUGUCUUCACCAACUUCAUCCAGCGCCCUCUUCCUGAAGGGUCCUUGACUGGUGCCGACCCCGUGCAGCCUGGCGUCUUGGGCAUGGGACAGCGUGCCUCGACCGGCAUCACCACCUUCAACCAGUUCUGGCAGUAUUUUAUGCCGCUUUUCGGUGCCUACAUUGCCGAUCAAUACUGGGGCCGCUACAAGACUAUCUGUUGGGCCCUUGGCAUUGACAUUAUCGGUCACAUCAUCCUUAUCACGUCCGCUAUCCCAGGUGUCAUCCCCAACCAGUCUGCUUCGCUCGCCUGCAUGAUCCUCGGCAUCAUCGUCAUUGGCUUCGGUACCGGUGGUUUCAAGCCCAAUGUCAACCCGAUGAUUGUCGAGCAGCUUGGUGAGCAGCACAUGCACGUCAAGACCCUCAAGUCCGGUGAGAGGGUCAUCGUCGACCCCGCCGUCACCAACGAGCGCAUCUACCUGUGGUUCUAUUUCUCCAUCAACGUCGGCGCCCUUGCUGGCCAGGUCAGCAUGUUCUGGUUAUCCUAUACCCUUCCCACCAUCAUGCUGUGUCUAUGCCCGGCCAUUAUGAUCUGGGGCAGGAAGCGUUACUCCAGGAGGCCGCCGGGCGGAUCCGUGCUGGUCCCAGCUUGGAGGACUUUUGUUCUAGCCAACAAGGGCCGUUGGUCCAUUAACCCUUGGAAGACGUACAAGAACCUCCACGACGGCACUUUCUGGGAGAACGUCAAGCCCUCCAAGUUUACGGAUGCUAGCCGCCCCAAGUGGAUGACCUUUGACGACAACUGGGUUGAGGAGGUUCGCCGCGGUGCCAAUGCCUGCGCCGUCUUCUGCUGGUACCCCCUGUUUUGGCUCUGCUACAACCAAACCAACAAUAACUUGGUGUCUCAGGCCGCGACUAUGAAAAGACACGGCGUACCAAACGAUGUCAUCACCAACCUGAACCCCUUUUCCCUCUUGAUCUUCAUUCCGCUGAAUGAUUUCGUGAUUUACCCCUUUCUCCGCAAGAUGGGUAUCCGCUUCACCCCCAUCAAGAAGAUCGCUUGCGGCUUCUUUGCUGGUUGUUCUGCCAUGAUCUGGUCUGCGGUUGUCCAGCAUUACAUCUACUCGCGUUCCGAGUGUGGCAAAUAUUCAAACGGUGAGGAUUGCCCUCCCGCGGAGAUUAAUGUCUGGGCCCAAUCUGGCAGCUACAUUCUCAUCGCUCUGUCUGAGGUAUUCGCCUCCAUCACCUCGCUCGAGUAUGCUUACACCAAGGCCCCCAAGAACAUGCGUUCCAUGGUGCAGGCUUUCGCUCUGUUCAUGAACGCUUUCGCUGCUGCCCUUGGUCAGGCCCUCGUCGCCCUCUCUGACGACCCUCUGCUCGUCUGGAACUACACCACUGCUGCUAUCCUUGCCUUCAUUGGCGGUACCUGCUUCUACCUGCAGUUUCGCCACCUCGAUAUCAUGGAAGACCAUCUCAACGAGCUUCCUGAGGGUCUCGUCGCUAACAAGGUCACUGGUGUUGAGCUGCCUGGUCCCAAGCGCAUCUCCGACGCUGGUGCGGAAGACACCGUUGACGAUGAGAAGCGCAUCUAA